AUGAACGAAGAAAAUGCCACUUUUUGUGACACCUGGAGUGGACUGACAAUCGACGACACGGUCUCCUACAUCAACAGCAUUCUCCUUGCUACUGCCAACGCUCCUUGUGCCAUUUUUGCGUUCUUUAGUAACCUUGCUGUUAUUGUUACUGUCGCCAAGAACCCCUCCUUGCAGAGACCCAGCAACAUCUUACUGUGUAGCCUGGCCUUCACGGAUUUUCUUACAGCUCUCACUGCUCAGCCAAUGUUUAUCGUAUGGCGACUUGUCCUUCCAAAUUCUAAAGAGCCGUGUUCAAACCAGCUAUUGAUAUUUUACUUAUAUUAUAUUUCCUAUGUGUUUACAGCUGGUUUGUCUUUCUUGAACGUCACAAUUAUGAGUUUUGAUCGCCAGUAUGCUGUGUCCAAGCCCCUCGUAUAUAUGGCAGAAGCGUCAAAAGAAGGUAGGUUUCUCCGCUGAUAAUAAGACAAGAAAGUCGCAAAAAGCGCCAUCUUUAAUUUAUAGCUGUCAGAACAGGGCAUUCGCAGAGCAGUAUCAUAUGACCGUGUCGUAAGCUCAAAAAUCUUACAACUCAUCGAAGUCAUGUGCCUUUUUGAAGUUGCCCGCUAUUGUAAAUCAAAGACCACGUGACUAGAAGAAAAUCCAUAAUCAUCGCUCUUAUACUCAAAUAUCGCGCUCCCUCAUAGAUUUUCGAGCAAAGAAAGACUGCUCACGGCGUACAAUAGGUGCUAAAACACUAAGCUCUUAUUGUUUUAAUCAGGUGCUAUAAAGAAAGUCACCUUCGCAGGAGUGGUCUGGCUCAUGUUCACGGCCUUGAAUAUUUUGGUUUUGCCACCUUUUAUCAGAGGUCUUACCAUCAGCAUCUGGGGUUUGCUGUUUUUUGUUGCCCCGCCCAUCAAUUACGUCAGAACAUGGCUCGCAAUUGUCCAUCACAAUAGACAGGUGGCUGACAACGUUGUCUCCUCGCAACAGUUAAAAGCUGUGCUUCAACGAGAGAAGAAGGUUUUUCGUGAUAUGCUCAUUGUCACCAUGGUACUGUUCGCUUCACUGGUACCAGGUAUACUUGGUUCCAGUAUUAUGGAACACUUGGGAUAUUAUCGGGAGCUUGCACUUUUCCUCCCAUGGGCGCGGACAAUGUCACUUGCUCCGUCAACUAUUAAUCCUCUUAUUUACUUUGUUCGAAAUGAAUAUCUGCGAAAUGCAUUCAAGUCUAUGGUGAACAUUUAG